CAAAUGACGUAGCCAAGCGCGCGCUGUGUGUGUGCAGUUUAGAUGUUUUUUGAAUCGGCCUGAGAGAUUAGCCACAGAGCUAACUGUGCGCGAGACAAACCAGCCAGAUUACUGCUUUAUGAGCAGAUAAAGUGUCCUGCAUUUUACCAUUCCGAAGCAAGUGAGCAACAAGUUCACAUGGCCACCAUCGGACAUAUCUGACCUACUUUUAACCAAAACAAGUCGGCGUGGGCAAACAGGGCGGACUCGGUUCUUCCUUCAGUGAAAAAAAGGAAAGCCUGCCUAGUGAGUGCAACUGCAAGAUAGAGCAAGAACGGAAAUUACCGGGAAAAGGAGAACCAUUAUAACAGUUCCAUGUACUGAGAAUUGUGGACGUCGUCUGAAGCCUGGUGCCAGCAGAGGAAUUGAGCUUCCGCGAGCAUUAUUCUGGGGGAAAAAAGUGUAAGCUUGUUUGGGGGCUCCACUUUGAAACAAUCAUGCUUGAUGGGGAGAGGUUCAUUGAGGCGCUGUCACGGUUGGGUUAUCCAAAUUCAUCUGCACUCAAAAGUUCAGAGUUUGAUUGGUUGUUUGACACUGCACCGGACAACCUGCAUCUUUUGCGUGUUUUCUGCCACCGUCUGAAUCGCAGCAACGCCCUCACGCCAGCUGAAGUGCAGGCGUUUCGGGUGCUGCGUGAGUCUGGGAAGCCCAUCUUAGAUGAAGUUACACUUGGGGAUCUGUUAAGAACAUGUGGACCGACUGAUGGGGGUGGGUCGCUGUCCUCACUUUGUGAGGAGGAAGAUGUUUCGGUGGAAGAUUUGGAGGCCGAACUUCAGGCUCUACGGAAGGAGAAGCAGCUGAAGUUGCGACGACUCCAAGCACUGCAGGUGUUGGGUGCCAGCCGGGGUGCUGACUCGUCUGCAGCUCUUGGAGUACUCCAGGAAGGUAGUAGCGCAAUGAAAGAUGCCAGCUCUGCUCUCACCGUUGAAAAUGCAGCCACAAAUGCUGCCUUGGAAGGUCUUGUGAAAGAGGCCCAGAAGCUUGCGGUCUUUUUCCAUACUGAGUAUUUGUCAGUGGAAAAAAAUAAUGAAACCACCACACCACCUGCUCCUCAAUCAGUGCUGCUGUCUCAGCUUCCUCUGGAACCCUACCUCCACCAGGAGGAGCAAAACACUAAAGCCUUGGCCUCGUACACCCAGCGCCAGUUCUUCCAGGGCAUCUCGGACAUGGUAGAGACCUCAACCUCCAGACGUUUCCAGUUGACGGAGCUGAGCUGCUGCAGCGAGAGUGAGGAAGAGGAUGAUGAGAAGCUUGUGGAGAGCAGGAGGAAGGAGAUGGCCCGGCUGCAGUGGGCUCACAUUGUAGCACAGCACCAGUUGCUGAAGGAGCAAGCAGAGGAGUGUGGAGACCAGGCACUGAAGAACUGGCUCACUGAGCAGCUCACCAGCCAAGCACAGCCAGUGGGUUCUCUACAGGCGUCCUGGCGUGAGCCUGCUCUGCACUCAGAACUUCUGUCUGUUCAGUCGGACAUCGAUGCCCUGAUGCGAGAGCCUGUCCGUUCUGCUCUGCGUGACAGUGCUCGCCUGCUGAACGUGCCUGUGGUGCGCGGUGACCUGGCACUUCAGAUCGCCAGGCAGAACUAUUACACAGCCAGGCAGACCGAGGUCAGGGACCAGCUCCUCCGGCAGAAGGCGUCGUUUGAGGUGCUGCGGCUGGCGCAGGACACCGAGCUCAUGAGGGGGAAAAGGACGGUGACUCAGCUGGGUGAGGUCAUCCGCAGGCUGGAGGGUGCGUCCCAGAGUGCAGAUCAGAGAGGGAACAUAUUGACCCAGCCUGAACUAACACAGACCCCGUGCCUAGGGUCUAACGCCAAACUGCAGGUCAUCAGCUCGAAAGAUGUAGCCUUUAGCAGGCUGCUGCAGAUGCUGGAGCUGGGCAAGCCCUCGGAGUGUAAGGAUCCCCUCCUGACGUACGGGAGGUUGGAAGCUGAAGCAUCGAGCUUGCAGAAAGAGCUCGUGUCUGUUCACGACGCUCUGGAAAGGGCAGCUCAAGAGCAGGGCUACAGCUGCGUGCGUUUAGAGCAUGACCGUGACGCUCUGGAGCGCUCGGCUUAUUCGGAUAUCGUGCAGCCGCUCCUGAGGCCGCAGGUACGUGCUAUAGCCACACCUGCUCGGGAGCUCUGCCCUAAUGCACAGGAGAUGUCUGUUGUUCUGAAUGAGCUGGAAGAGAAGCAGAAGAAUCUGUACAAGCUUUUACAGGACAUUGUAGGAGACUUGAGAACCAAAAGGGCGAGACUAGAGCAGAGCCCCAUCCUCAAGCGAGAGAGAGAACUGUAUGUCUACUUUCACCUGGACCCCACGCUACUGAGCAAGGUUGUAGGUGAGAUGGAGGCCAGGGCUGGUGUUCAGUAGGCUGAGGAACCGAUUGUACCUCUGAACCUACAGGAGAGGAGCGCGGAAGCUGAAGUCCAGGGACAUGUGAUGCAGUUUGACUCCCUUUUUUUGAGAGAUCAUGAAUUGUGUAAAAACUACAUCUUGUGCCUUUUCUGGAUUCUGGACUACCACCUUUUACAUCUUUGACUGUAGCACUACACAAGUGUCAAAGAUGUAUAUGCUUGUAGAAAGUAACUGCUUUUGUACAUGUAAUUUUAGAAAAGUAGACGCUUAACUAAGGAACCUUUGUUAAUAAAAAUGUAUGUGUGCUUCAUGUUUGUAAUUGUGUGUUUGAUGUGGUGAUCUAACUUCCAGUUAUCUUAUACGCUUAAUUAAACUGUAUUUAAAAAAAAAAAAAAAAGUGAAAAACUGAAAUUUGCUCUGAGCUUAAAUGCACAUUGGUUGAAGUAUGUGAAUCUGGGAAUGUUUGAAAACGUUUUGUCUUUUUAUUAUUUUUUUUUAGAAACGUACAGGAUAACUUCCUUAUUUGAUGUCUCAAAUUUUAAAAACGUUUGCCAGUGAAACCCUGAUCGGCUUCUCUUUUUCCAAGCUUACAGUCUGGAGGCCUACUCUAACUGAGCAGUCUUCUUGUCUGUUUUGUUUUUAGGACAGUUAGGAAGGAAGGAAGGACGGAGGAGUAGGUGAGAUGGAGUGCCGCCCCUGUAGCAGGCUGACUGCAGGUCCUCUAUCUGCAGCUGCCCAGAGGGUCAUGGCUGCACUGAGAGCUCAGUAUGCAGGCAGGAUAGACAGGGCGCCACAGAGUGAGUCAGGUUUAGAGACGAAUAAAUAUCUGUGCUUUUUCUGUAUAAUUGGUAUUGGAAAGCAUACCAAUCCCAUACCCAGUAUCCAUAUCGGGUUGAUGGCAGCAAUAUUUGUGGCGCGGGUAUAGGAGAAAACAUAUCGGAUACUGGAAAGAAAUGUACUUUUGGAAUUAAAGUUUUGUAUAUAAACAGUGAUUUUGUGACAACUGAAUGGGAAGCUUGUGAAAUAAUGCACCUGGCAAUAAAAUAUCCCAAACUUCCUAAAU